AUGCCAGCGGAGACUACUCAGUUCCAGUGUGAUGAAGGUAAAGCUGGAACUCCGGGCUUCUCCAUCUCGUCCUCUGGCCAAUUGCAGUUCCAUGGCGGCUCUGCCUUCAUUGCCUGUGAGACUGGUCAGAAUGGUGGUCUGAAUAUCUAUACCACCAACAGCACUUCGGUUACUAAAUGCAAGAACGUCAUCUUACGUGCCGACUCUUGCGCCAGCACUGGCAGUGCCCCUGUUAUUGGCAUUCCUGCGGCUCCAGGUGCUAAUGUGACUGUCCCUGGGGGUGUUAGCCCUGGAGGAGCUGGCCCUGGGGGCACUGGAGGAGCUGGAGCCUCUGCCUCGCCUGUCACCAUCGUAUCAACGGUUACCGUAACCAACUGCGUGUGUUCUACUACUGAAGCCCCUGGUGCUCCCGGUUCUGCAGCCCCUGGUGCUAGCUCGCAAACAUCUGGUGCUCCUGCAGGUACUGCUCCUACAGGUACUGCUCCUACAGGUACUGCUCCUACAGGUACUGCGCCUGCAGGUACUGCGCCUGCAGUGGUACCAGUUGCCCCGGCUCCCACUGGUAGUGCUGCGCCGUCCUCGGCUGCGAGUGCGCAUACCUCGACUGUGCCCGUCACUCCAGUGCCUGGCCAGUCCUCCGGUGCUUCUGCAGGCACUUCUGCCAGCGCGGCUAGUACCACUCAGCCUUCGAGCCCCUGCCCUUCGUGCAGCCAGUCUGCCAGCAGUUCUUUGGCCUCCGGUGGCUCCAGCGUUUGCCCCACGUGUAGCCAGUCGGCGGCUUCGAGCGGUGCUCAUACUUCGAGCGUGUGUCCACCAAGCAGCUCCGUGUGUCCAUCAUGUCCUGUCUCCACGGCUGGGCCACCUUUCGCCAACACUACCCGUAUAUCGCCUGCGCCAGUGACAUCUACUGCGGCCAGUCCGUCCACUAGUAUCCAUCCGUUGACCAGUGUCCCUGCCAAUGCCACUUCGACGACAGCUACUUCCACCUCGUCCGCGACCGGCUGUCCCACCAAUCUCUCCGGGGAAUUCCAGUUCCCGCAUCUAAUGGUCCGAAUCGACUCGGCUAAGCCGGAUACCCCCCACGGCACUGGAUUCAACGGCACAGUCAAUUCGACCCUUGCUACCACCUUCAACUUCGAUAUCCCCCAGUCGUACUCGGGCAAGACGUGCAGUUUGAUAUUCCUGUUCCCCAGGAAGGAAGAGCUGCAAACUACUUCAUUCAGCUUCAGCGGCGACGGAAGGGUUGCCUUUGGCAAGCUUUCGCAGACCGUCACUACCUCGACCACCGAAAACAACGUUCCUUCGGUCUCGCAGGGCUUGGGAACUCUUACACUCUCCCCUGGUCACUCCUACCUAGUGUCCACCUUCUCGUGCCCGGCCGGACAGGCUGUGGCUUUUGAGAUGAAGAAUGCUGGAAGUACCGACUUUGAGUUCUUCGAAGACUGGAAUCCAUCUCCGUAUGUCCAUCUCUCUGAUAUUGAAAGAAAACUGUUUCUCCGAACAGGAUUAGCUGACAUUGGUUUUAGGCUGGGUCUAUUCAUCACCGUGUGUUAA